AUGGACCCCGCCGCGGCGGCGGCCGCCGAAGAGGAGGAGAAGCAGCAGCCGCCGCAGCAGCAGCAGCCCCCGGUGAUCUACACCAUGGAGAACAAGCCCAUCGUGACCUGUGCUGGAGAUCAGAAUUUAUUCACUUCUGUAUAUCCCAUGCUUUCUCAGCAGCUUCCAAAAGAACCCAUGGAAUGGAGAAGGUCUUAUGGACGUGCUCCUAAGAUGAUUCAUCUUGAAUCUAAUUUUGUUCAAUUUAAAGAGGAGUUGUUACCCAAAGAAGGAAACAAGGCUCUCCUGACUUUUCCCUUCCUUCAUAUUUAUUGGACAGAAUGUUGUGAUACAGAAGUGUACAAAGCUACAGUAAAGGAUGACAUCACCAAGUGGCAGAAUGUUCUGAAAGUGCACAGCUCUGUGGAUUGGUUAAUUGUGGUAGUUGAGAGCGAUGCAAAAAAAAAGAACAAAACCAACAUCCUUCCCCGAACAUCUAUAGUAGAUAAAAUAAGAAAUGACUUCUGUAACAAGCAAAGUGACAGAUGUGUGGUACUGUCUGACCCCUUGAAAGACUCUUCCCGUUCUCAGGAAUCCUGGAACGCCUUCCUGACAAAACUCAGGACGCUGCUUCUCAUGUCUUUUACCAAAAAUCUAGGCAAGUUUGAAGAUGACAUGAGAACUUUGAGGGAGAAGAGGACUGAGCCAGGGUGGAGUUUUUGCGAGUAUUUCAUGGUCCAGGAAGAGCUGGCCUUUGUCUUUGAAAUGCUGCAGCAGUUUGAAGAUGCCUUGGUCCAAUAUGAUGAACUUGAUGCCUUGUUCUCUCAAUAUGUUGUUAACUUUGGUGCUGGUGAUGGAGCAAAUUGGUUGACAUUUUUCUGCCAACCAGUGCGGAGCUGGAAUGGGUUGAUUCUCCGUAAACCAAUAGAUAUGGAGAAACGAGAGCUAAUUCAGAAUCAAGAAGCCACUCUGUUAGACUUGCGCAGUUACCUGUUUUCUCGCCAGUGCACGUUGCUGAUCUUCCUACAGAGACCGUGGGAGGUGUCCCAGCGAGCACUAGAGCUUCUUCACAACUGCGUGCAGGAGCUUAAGCUACUAGAAGUCUCUGUUACUCCUGGAGCUUUGGAUUGCUGGGUAUUUUUGAGCUGUUUAGAGGUCCUACAAAGAAUAGAAGGCUGCUGUGACCGAGCACAAGUAGAUGCCAAUGUUUCCCACACAGUUGGCUUAUGGACCUAUGCCACUGAAAAGCUAAAGUCCCUUGGUUACCUGUGUGGACUUGUGUCAGAAAAGGGACCUAAUUCAGAAGAUCUUAACAGAACAGUUGAUCUGUUAGCAGGCUUGGGAGCAGAGCGCCCUGAAACAGCCAACACCGCACAAAGUCCUUAUAAGAAACUCAAGGAGGCCUUAUCAUCUGUAGAAGCUUUUGAAAAACACUACUUAGAUCUGUCCCAUGCCACCAUUGAAAUGUACACAAAUAUUGGAAGAAUUCGCUCGGCUAAACUUGUUGGAAAGGACUUAGCAGAGUUUUAUAUGAGGAAGAAGGGUCCACAGAAGGCAGAGGUCUAUCUUCAAGGAGCACUAAAAACUUACCUUGCUGAGGGCUGGGCAUUGCUUAUCACACAUACAAGAAAGCAGUUAGCAGAAUGUCAGAAACACCUUGGGCAAAUUGAAAACUAUCUUCAAACAAGCAGUCUUUUAGCCAGUGAUGAUCACUUAACAAAAGAUGAGCGCCAGCACUUCUGCCAAGAAAUUUUAAAUUUUGCCAACCAGCAAACAGAGGGCAAAGGUCAAAAGGUUACACUGUCUAUGCAUUCCUUUGCACAGCUGAAAACUCUACAUUUUGACCCUCCAAAUGCUGUUAUCCAUGUGGGUGGAACAUUGUCUAUUGAGCUGACUUUGCUGAGCCAAAUGCCCGUCCCAGUCGAAGUGGAUCAGAUUGCCGUCAAUGUCCACUUCAGCAUUGAGAAAAGUAAUUACCGGAAAACAGCUGAAUGGCUCACUAAACACAAAACUUCCAACGGUAUUAUCAGCUUCCCGAAUGAGGUUGCAGGCUUCCCUUUGUCAAGAAAUAACUUGCCAGCACUGGAGUUAUAUGAAAUGUACGAAAGGAGCCCUUCGGAUAACUCUUUGAACACAACAGGAAUAAUCUGCAAAAAUGUGCACAUGCUACUGCGAAGGCAGGAGAGCAGCUCUUCUCUGGAAAUGCCCUCAGGGGUGACUCUAGAGGAUGGGGCUCACAUGUUAAGAUGUAGCAACUUUAUACUGGAACCAGGGGUCAAUACAAUAACAUUCAGAACUCAGGCCAAAGAACCUGGGACAUAUACUCUCAGGCAGCUGUGCACGUCAGUGGGUAAAGUGCACUUUGUCCUUCCUCACAUUUACCCAGUUGUGCAGUAUGAUGUGUACUCUCAGGAGCCCCAGCUAAAAGUGGAGCCAUUGACUGACAGCCUUUUGGCUGGUAUUCCUCAGAGGGUGAAGUUCACAGUGACUACUGGCCAUUAUACCAUGAAGAGUGGAGAUACUCUGCAGCUCAGUAAUGCCGAUGCCAUGCCUUUCCUGUACCAUCCAGAGAGCAAAGCAUUGAUCUAUUCCAAUACCAAGGAAAAAGUCUCAGAAUCAUCAUUACUGAUCCAGUCUUCUGAAAAGAUCACAAGCAUCACCCUGCCAGUGGCUCCUGCAUAUCACGUGAUUGAAUUUGACUUAGAAGUUAUCUAUUUGCCAUCAACCCCAACAGCUUCAGUGGAAAGUGAAAAUCUGGUAAAUAAAGAACUGCACAGGAAAAGCAAAGAGAAGCAGAAAAUGGACAACUGCAUGGCUACAGUUGACCAAAAAGUAACCAUUGAUUGUCCAUGGUCAAUUUACUCCACCAUUAUUGCAUUAACGUUCAGUGUACCUUUUAAUGCCAAGCAUUCCUUACUGUCAGCUGGCAAACGGAAAUACAUACAGGUUUGUGUACAGAAUUUGUCAGAACUCUGUUUCCAGCUGUCCGACAAUAACCUAAAAAAUUUUGGUAACUGCAUAGAUCUACAGCUGGUACCUCUGAAGCCAGAAUCCCAACAGCACAUAUACAGUAAGCAGUCAGUAUUCUUUGUAUGGGAAUUGAAGUGGACAAAAGAACUUCCCCCCUCUUUGCAGUGCCAGUUUUCGGUUAGCUUUUGUCCAGAUACCUCUGAAGAGCAGUCAUUCUUCUUGAAGCCGUACACUUACGAAUUCCAAGUGGAAAAUUAUUUUACAUUGUAUAAUGUGAAAGCUCAGAUUUUUCCACCAUUGGGGGCGGAGUAUUGUAAAACAGGCUCACUCUGCUCUUUGGAGGUGUCAAUCACCCGACUCUCUGACCUCUUAGAUGUGGAUAAAGAUGAAGCAUUAACAGAAUCAGAUGGGUACUGCACGACGAAACUUAUGUAUGAAGUUGUUGACAACAGUAGUAACUGGGCAGUCUGUGGAAAAAGCUCAGGGGUAAUAUCUAUGCCUGUAGCAGCUCAAGCAACUCACAAAGUGCACAUGGAAGUGAUGCCACUUUUUGCUGGAUACCUCCCCUUUCCUGAUGUCAAACUAUUUAAAUACCUCCCUCAUCAUUCUGCUCACUCCAUGCAACUUGAUGCUGACAGUUGGAUUGAAAAUGAUAACCUAUCUGUGGACAAGAAUAUGGAUGAUCAGGCUGACAACAGUAGCAUAAAGAGUAGAGGCAGUUUACAUUCGGCAGCCAGUGGGGAACAUAAAGGUCUGCCAAUGCCCCGUCUACAAUCCUUUUCACCUGGUCAGGUCUUCAACUCCAGCACGAGCAUGCAAAUCCUUGUCAUUCCCAGCAAGGAUGACCAUGUUCUGGAAGUCAAUAUCACAUAACUAAAUAUAAAUAAACAAGGAAAACAAAAACCAUUAGAGACUUGAUAUGAAUGCACUUUAAUAGAUCAUAA